AUGGCAAUUGUUGAAUUAAUUGAGGAAGUUAAAAAUGAAAGGGAAAAAUUGAAAGAGAUGAAUGAUGACGAGUUUAAAAAGAGAUGGGAAAAAUAUAUUAUCGAUGAAGAAAAUUGCAAACAUGAUAAGGAAUUGAAAGAAAAACUAAAAGAGGCAAAAAACGAACAAGAAAAGCUUUUUGAAAAAAAAUCAGUAAAGUUAAAAACAGAAAACACGAAAAAAUUGGCUGAAAAAUUACAAAACAUACAAAACGAAGGAAGAAAAGUAUGGGAAGAAAAAUUGAAAAUAAUGAAAAUAGAGCAUACUAAAUUAUUUGAACAGCGGAUUAACAUAGAAAAAAGACGGAAAAUUUUGUUGGAAAAAUAUAAUGAUUUUAUUAUUGAAUUAAAAGAAACAUGGUGA